AAGGGAUUUUGGGAUUUGUUUAUGUGAGUCUGCCGCAUGUGCCUUUGUCUCUGCUUUGCUCCUUCUUUUGGGGGAAGCCGCCUUCUGCCAUUGUUUUGGGGAUUAUGUGGAACCCAGUUCAGCUUCCUGGGACUGCUGACAUGAAGAAAAGCAGCAAAGGCAAGAGAACCGUGAUAACUGUUGAGGUAAAGAAGGAAAUUAUUUCCAUACACGAAAGUGGGGUCCGUGUAGGUGAUCUGGCAACGCAGUUUGGGAUGCCCAAAUCGACAAUUAGUACCAUCAUAAGAAAGAAGGAUGCUAUUAAGGGGGCCAGUGUUGCAAAGGGUGUUAAAACACUCAAGCAACGGACACAGACAAUGGAGGAAAUGGAAAAAAUGCUUUUAAUAUGGAUAACUGGAAAACAGGAGGCCGGUGACAGCAUUUCUGAAAGCAUAAUUUGUGCAAAAGCUUUACAGUUGCAUGCUGACCUCGUCGCAAACGCCCCUGGACCAAGUGCUGAGACUGAGAGUUUCAAGGCAAGCCAUGGGUGGUUUGAAAGAUUUAAGAGGAGAACUGGGAUCCACAGUGUUGUGAGACAUGGCGAAGCUGCCAGUGCCAACCAAUUAGAGGCUGACCAAUUUGUUUUGGAAUUUAAAGAUUAUGUCGAGUCGCAGGGCUUCGUUCCCCAGCAAGUUUUCAACUGUGAUGAGACAGGUCUCUUUUGGAAGAAAAUGCCAAAGAGGACUUACAUAACAAAGGAGGAGAAAGCAUUGCCAGGGCACAAGCCCAUGAAAGACAGGCUGACACUUUUAUUUUGUGCGAAUGCAAGUGGAGAUUUUAAGCUGAAGCCUUUGUUAGUCUACCAUUCUGAGAACCCCAGGAUAUUUAAGAAAAACAAGGUCAUAAAAAGCAAAUUGCAUGUGAUGUGGAGGGUGAACAGCAGAGCUCGGGUAACCAGGCAAUUUUUUAUUGAGUGGGUUCAUGAAGUGUUUGGGCCAAGUGUAAAAAAAUACCUCCAGGACAAAAAUCUUCCACUGAAGUGCCUGCUUGUUAUGGAUAAUGCUCCAGCCCACCCUCCAGGCCUGGAGGAUGAGUUGAUGGAAGAGUUUGGUUUUAUCAAUGUAAAGUUUUUGCCCCCCAACAUGAUUCCUCUCAUCCAGCCCAUGAACCAGCAGGUCAUAUCAAAUUUUAAGAAGCUUUACACCAAAGCACUAUUCCAAAUGUGCUCUGAGGUGACCUCGGACACAGAUCUAACCCUAAGAGAGUUCUGGAAGAAUCAUUUUAAUAUCCUCCAUUGCUUACAUAUGAUAGACAAAGCAUGGAGGGAUGUGACUCAGGUAACACUGAAGGCAGCAUGGAAGAAAUUGUGGCCAGAUGCUCUCCAGGAACAUGGAACGGAGGCUGUCGAAGAGGAUGCUCCUAUUGUUGAGGAUAUUGUGUCUCUGGCAAAUUCCAUGGGCUUGGAAGUGAGUGGUGCUGAUGUGGAGGAGUUUGUGCAGGAGCACCGGACUGAGCUCACCACAGAAGAACUUCAAGACAUUCUGACAGAGCAGCAAAAGCCUGCAGCUGAGGAAAUUAAGCCAGCAACUGAGGAAAUAACUUCGUUGGAGGAGAGCAGAGAAAGUGCACCUACAGCGACAAUCAAAGAAAUGCUUGCAAAAUGGGCUGAAGUGCAAGCUGUUGCUGAAAAAUAUCACCCUGAUAAAGAUGCUCUAAGUCAUGCCACUAACAUCUACAAUGAUAUCGCUAUGUCUCACUUUAUAGAAACCUUAAAACAACGGCAAAAGCAAGUCUCAAUUGAAAAAAAUUUGGUAAGGAAAAGAUCCAGUGAGUCUGAACCAGGUGGUAGUGGCGUAGGUGGCAGUGGAGGACUCCAACCCCCCAUCCAAACAAUGACUAUCAUCAGUGCAGGUAAGAGGGGAAAAAGUCACAUUUUAGUUUUUAAAAAAUCAUCAAUACGCUCAAGGAUGCUUAGAUGAGAUGGCCAAGAGAUGGCCUACCAGAAAAGAAUGGCAGGGCAAGUUGAUGGAUUAUGCCGAAAUGGCUAAAAUGACCAGAAGAAUCAGAAAUCAGGAAGACCAAAUUUUUAAUAAGGAAUGGGGAAAAUUUAUAAUUUAUUUUAAAAACCAUUGUAAACAGUUAAAAUUGUUAGUAGGAUUGGAAUAACACUUGUAGUUUAAUGGUGAAUUUUGGACACAAUGGAGAGGUAAAAGAUUUGGAUUAUCAUAAAAGAUGCAGGAGGAAAUGAUUAACAGUAAGACCCACAAAGGGAAGGAGGGAAGUCCAGGAGAUUUUUUGGAAUCUUGUUUCUGUGUUGUAUGUUGGAUACGACUGUAAAAUUUUAAUCUGAAAUGGAUCCUAUAGCUCUGAUCCAUCAGGUUUUUCUCUUUAUGUCCAACCAGGUGGACUUUAAAAAAAAGUCUUCUUUGAUUAUACUAGCUGGAGAUUUGGGAUCAUGCCCUCAAGAGCUGGUGGCCCCAGGCAUAAGAGCCCAGCUGCCAGAACUUGAUUUUGGGAGACCUAUCGGACAGAAAUAAGUGAGCUGCCUGUUAUGUUCAAUAUCUGGGCAUUCUCUCUCUGGACCAGCCAACCCAACUCCUUCCAAACGAGACAAACACACCAUUUUUUUUAAAGCCUGUUGCAGGACAAGGACAAAAGAGUGUGAUUAAAAAACUUUGCUGGGUGGCUCCGAAAAAAGUCCACCCUCCUCCUCCUCCCUGUGUGGUGGACUCCCCUUCCUUGGGGGUUUUGAAGCAGAGGUUGGAUGGCCAUCUGUCAGGGAUGCUUUAACUGAGUUUAUUCCUGCAUUUUAAGGGGGUUGGGCUAGAUGACCCCCGGGUAUCCCUUUCUAUGAUUCUCUGAAAUGUUUCUGGGCGCGAGACAAAGUGCAAGCAACUUGUCUUUCGUUGCUUUUGAGCAAAGAGGAAACCAGAGGAGGAUCGCUCCCGGCUUCCCCAGAAAAAGCAGCGCCCAUGAAGGAUCCGGGCGCGAUGGACGAGGACCAGGCGGCUUCUGCCACUGCGCCCCUCAAGGGUUAAACGCACUGAGCUCCGCUUCCUAGAGGGGCAGGAAGUUGGAACGUUGGGUCGGUGGGGGAAGGCGACGGCGAGCGCACAGGUCCGGCAUUGGCUUCCGGAAGGGUGACGUUCCGGGCGGAGGUCUGAAGCGUCGGAGAAAAGGGCCGGGCCGAGGAGGUGAAGGUGCAGCUUCGGAGGGGGGGGGGGCGAGGGCAGUGCUGAGGGGGGGGGCGAGGAGAGACCCCCCCAACCUCGAAAUCCACAGGUUGUGGGGCUGGGGCGCGCAACAUGGCUGCAAAAAGGGACCUGCCUGCUUUAUAGCUGGCUCUGCAAGGCUAUCGUAUAUGGGGGUUAUUAUUACGGUAUCAGUGCUUUUUUUCUUAAAAAAAUGUUUAGGGGUACUCUCAUUUGACUCAAGAGAAUCGCCAUUUUAUAGUUCAAAUUGGGAAAAAUAAAUAGAGUAAAUGGAGAAAAGUACAAAGAUUAACAAAAUGUUUAGAGGUAUGCGUAGCCUUGCGUCCCCCCAGAAAAAAGCACUAGUUGUUAUUAUUAUUAUUAUUAAUCGUAUAUGGGUGUUGUUCCUGUUGUUAUUUAAUUCAUCAUAUAUGGAGUUAUUAUUAGUAUUAUUCAUCGAAUAUGGGGGUUAUUAGUAUUGUUGUAUAUGGGGGUUAUUAUUAGUCGUAUUAGUAUCAUCAUUGUAAAGGUAAAGGGACUCCUGACCAUUAGGUCCAGUCGUGGCCGACUCUGGGGUUGUGACGCUCAUCUCACUUUAUUGGCCGAGGCAGCCGGUGUAGAACUUCCAGGUCAUGCGGCCAGCAUGACUAAGCCGCUUCUGGCGAACCAGAGCAGCGCACAGAAACACUGUUUACCUUCCCGCCGGAGCGGUACCUAUUUAUCUACUUGCACUUUGACAUGCUAGGUUGGCAGGAGCAGGGACUGAGCAACGGGAGCUCACCCCAUCGCGGGGAUUCGAACCGCCGACCUUCUGAUCGGCAAGUCCUAGGCUCUGUGGUUUAACCCACAGCACCACCCGCAUCCCAUCGGGGGACAAGGCAUGGGGAGCUCAGCAGAGCUCAGCAGGCAGCACCAAUCAUACAAUUGGAAGGAACCCCGGAGUCCUCUUAUCUAGCCCCCCUGCAAUGCAGGGAUCUCUGCUAAAGCAUCCAUGGCAGGUGGCCCUCCAGCCUCUGCUUGGAGAUCUCCAAGGAAGGAGAGUCCACCACCUCCUGAGGGAGACAUUUCCACUGUUGAACAUCUCUUACUGUCAGAAUUUUUUUCCAUAUGUCUGGUUGGAAUUUUCUUUCUUGUAACUUGAAGCCUCUUGUUUACAUCUUCUCCAUCUCCGCCCCAGGCAGCACAAUGGCGUCGAAGGCACUACCAGGAUCCUCCCUCCUUUGGGAUGGAGCAGAAAGAACAGGUGUGCAGCCAUCUCAGGUAAGUUAGAGACCACCUGGUGGAGAUGCAGGGGGCAGCCUGGACACCUCCGUUCUGUCUCACUAUGCUGCGGGAGGCGGGGACUGAAAAACAUUCCCCUUUCUUCUUGAUGCCCAAAGAUAUGAAGAUGAUCAAGCGAGAAGGCUGUGGAAAUGCCUUUUCUUGAGAGUCUUGAAUCUAGCAAAAAGAAAAAAAUAGUAAGGCGAUAGCAAAACUGAUUUGUUUAAUUUGUAUGCCACCUUUGUAUGUUAAGAAAUCUUUAAGCCGUUUAUGUAGCAGAUGGGUGGUUUUCAAUUAACUCAUUCCGUCAGCUCAGGGAUUACUGCUAGUGUGGCAGGAUUCCACCCUCCUCAUGUGCUGCCCACUCCCCAUAUGUGUUCCAGAGAGUUGGGAGACCCCCUAGCACAGAUUUGGGGGGGGGGGGAGAUGAGGGGAAUUCCAUUGCACCAAUAGAAAUCCCAAUGCUGAUGGAAUGAGUACCUUAUCACUAUGUUAAAUGCAACCAUUGUUGGCUAUUUGCAGACUAGUUGCAAGCUUGCUGGGCAGACCACAUAUUCAAGAAACGCAAAAUAACUUUAGCUAAGUUUUAAUAAUAAAAACGAAAACUCAUUUUACAUUAAUUAUAAUAUAUCAAUAAGCAUGACCCAUCCACCAGGGUACUGAGAGAGCUAGGUGCUGCUCUUUAUAUACUGUACCCAACAGCUUAAUUAACAUAACUUAACAGCACCUGCUAUACUGCUUCGCAGCUGUAAAACUAGGUGGUUGUUUUUUUUAAAAAAAAACAUAAAUAUUAUAAAUGAAUAAAAAAAUCCCACAAUUUAGUAGCUUAACUGCCCCUCAUUUCAAACUGGGAGCAAUGGUGUAUGUAGGGAAGAAUAUUCUGAGUACAGAAUAUGUGCUUCUUUCAGUGUCUGGUGUCCUUUGAGGAGGUGGUUGUGUCUUUCACGAAAGGGGAGUGGGAUCUCCUGGAUCUGGGCCAAAGAGCUCUCUACAAGGAAGUCAUGCUGGAGAAUUAUGCGGCUUUCAUCUCUUUGGGUAAGGACAAUCGUCCCUUGGUGGCCUGACGCUAAAGGGGUAGAUUCCUAUUCUUGGAAUUUGUCACUGUACUGUAGAGAUGCCAGUGUGGAAACAGAUGGCAAGGCUGUGGGCCCACAGUGCGUCUCCUGGGCCAUAAUUUCCCGGACCUGACUAAUGCCAUAUUGAAAACAGGCAAAACACAGUUUGUGGAGAUGUGAAGCUUAUGGGGUUUCACUUUUCCCAAACAUGAACACAACAUCCCUUUUUCUUCUCCUCUUUGUUGGAAAUAUGAAGGCAUGGGAACACAGGGGACAGUUUUCUCCCCCAAUUUUCCUUUCUCCCCAAAUUUUCCUUUCUCCCCAAAUUUUUUGGAAACAAAUUCAGAAAAAAACCUUGGAAAUUCCCCAGUUUUUCUGCCUUUCCCCCAGGCCUUCAUAGCUCUACUCCUUGCUCCCUCAAACAACAGAUGGGUGUGUUUGAUUAUUUGACCAGAGACUAGACUAGAUCUGAUAGGCCUUUUCUGUGAUUCAACAGGGUGGUUCUUAGGUUCUCAUGGGGAGGAGAAAUGACCACCAGGUUGUGGUGUCCCAUACGCAGAAAUAUCCCCAAACUAAAACCAAGUAUCAGAUGAAUUCCACUGAGUUCAGAUUCCCAUCUCCUAUUUGUUGCCAGCAUAUAUAAGAACCUGCCUUUCCCUGAUUCGGGAGGACAUAGGAUUGGAUGGGCUUGGAAUGCCACAGUAUUUUCUACCCCAAAACAACGUGUCUUUCAGUUCCCUUGAAAGGAUUUCCCAAACCAGACCUCAUCUCCCGGCUGGCAGGAGGAGAGGAUCCAUUUCACUGGGACUCCAAGGAAGAGGAGAUGUCAGCAGCAGGUACUUUCUUGGGAGUCUUGCGGGGCCAUUUCAUUCCCUGGGAACUGAGGAGGGGGUUCCUUCGUGAAUUUUUCAGCUUCUGCUUAAUCUCACCGAAGACUGACGGACUCAUCCGGCUGCGGGUUCUUCCUUGUAGACACACCUUGAGGCUUCACCCUCUUAACUCACGUCGCUGGCUCUCACCCCAAAGCUCCUUUGAGGUUUGCCUCUGAGGUUUCUUCAAGUCGGUUUAUUUAUUUACAGUGGUGCCUCGCAAGACGAAAUUAAUCCGUUCCACGAGAGUCUUCGUCUAGCGGUUUUUUCGUCUUGCGAAGCAAGCCCAUUGACGGAUUAGCGCUAUUAGCGCUAUUAGCGGUUUAGCGGCUAUUAAAGGCUUAAAGACUUAGGGGAUUAGCUGCUAAAAGGCUAUUAAAGGCUAUUAAAGGCUUAGCAGAUUAGAUAAAGGGGGGGAAAAGCGAAAAAAAAAUCUCUAGACUCGCAAGAUAUUUUCGUCUUGCGAAGCAAGCCCAUAGGGGAAUUCGUCCUGCGAAGCAACUUCAAAACGGAAAACCCUUUCGUCUAGCGGUUUUUCCGUCUUGCGAGGCAUUCGUCUUGCGGGGCACCACUGUAUUAUAGAUCUAUAUUUUUAUGGGCAGUAUUGAGUUGAGUCCUCCUCCCCAGGCUCCUUCAUUGCAUAUUUAGGCACCAAGCAAAAGCAUUCCUCUUCUCCUUUCUUUAUAAGGAAGGAGAUUCCAGUUAAACAUCAGGAAGAACUUUCUGACAGUAAGAGCUAUUCGACAGUGGAACAGUCUCCCUCAGGAGGUGGUGGACUAUCCUUCCUUGGGAGGUUUUUAAGCAGAGAUUGGAGGGCGUUAUUCCCGAUGUUUCGUCAGAUUCUCCUUUCUUGUAACUUGAAGCCAAACGUUUCAAGGUUUCCAAUAGCAAUGUAUUUUAGCCAUCAGAGGCCUGGGUGAACAGAAAGGUUUUUAAUCUCCCGCUCUUUCAAGCCAAUAAAGAGGACAACAGAUGCACCUCAUCAGGGAGGGCAUUCCACAAAUGGGUGACCACCACCAAGAAGGCCCUGCCAUGGGACAGCACCAACCGGGCAGCAGCCAGUGCCAGCAACAUCACCAAGGCCUCUCCUGCCAAUCAUAGGGUCCCAGAUAGCUGAUAUUGGGAGAUUGUCUGAUACCCCCUUUUCUCUGGAACUUGGUUUCUGACUCCGUUGGACCACCCACCUGCCCCCGAGCCCAGUGUCAACCAACUCCCCUGGAGUCCCACCUCCUGACUCCUGAGAGCCUGCCUAAAGUCAGGACAAUGUACAUACGCAAUAGGCAAUCUUUAUAGAAUUCCUUCAAACCAUAACAAGUACAAAAUGAAAUCAAAGUCUCUGAAAAUCUUUAAAUGAAGCAAGGUACCAGACUUUGUAUGAUGAAAGACAAGCUGUGAAGCUUUGUGUAUUCAGCAAAUACUGUGACUACAUUAUUACAUUAUUAUUGAGCAGUGACUACAUUAUUACAUGAGCACUGUUCCACAGCAUUUGAUAUUUUCAUUUACAUACAUACAUUCAUUCGAAAUAAGAUGGGUUUAUGAAGCAAUUUUAUAUCCUCCCACCACGCUGAUGAAGAAUUCUACGAAACAAUAGUCAAUAUCCGGCAUCACUCUUCAGUGUUGAACAUAAUAUUUCCUGAAUACACAAAGCUUCACAGCUUGUCUUUCAUCGUACAAAGUCUGGUCCCUCGCUUCAUUUAAAGAUUUCCAGAGACUUUGAGACUAAAGAUUUCAUUUUGUACUUGUUAUGGUUUGAAGAAAUUCUAUAAAGAUUGUCUAAUGCAUAUGUACAUAGUUAUCGUGUUGCCUAGACAUUGCUGACAUUCUCUUUGCAGCACAGGGGUUUGUUUGGUUACUUAAAGUCAGAACAAAUCAGUUCGCUGGCGGAAAGAUUGCAAUACGAAAGCUCACCCCAACAGCUGCUCUUCCUAGAUUACAAUUGCAGAACAAAUCCUCAUCUAGCUGGAUGUAACUUGGUGUACAGAACUUCAGAACAAACCUUUGUAGUGACUGUUUUGGUAGCUGAUCAAUUGAUUUACCCUCAAAGCAACAGCAACCACAGAAGAAUGAGCUUUUCCCCAAGAUGGUUUUUCUUGUCUACCCCAUUAUGUUAAAAUUAUGGAAAGUGAUAUGCAGAAAUCAAGUGGGGAAUGGACCUGAAAUGAAUGCGUGUUGUUCUCUGAAAUACUAGCAUACGCCAAAGGUAACCUAGGUCUCAGCGCAGUGUGUAAAGAGGAAAAGGGAAGAAUAUUGGAGAUGUUGACCAAAGAUAAGCUGCUAGGUCUUAGUUUUUGCCUUGAACCCCUAAUAAGAUUUUCUUUUCUUUUCCCCAGCAGGUGAAGGGGAAGAAUAUGAAAUUUAUAAGGAGCCAUUUCUUGUGUCUUUGGAAAGAGUCCAGCAGGAAGCGGGGAAAGGGGUGUUUGCAAAGCGAAGGAGACCUAAAAUGCUGGAUGGAAACAACUCCAGGGAUGAGAGGACUAAAUCCUCUGCUUCUCUGGGUGAGGAAAUCCUGAGCUUGCGUGUAUUUCACAAGGGAAAGAGAAGGAAAAGGUAUCCAUUGGGUGGGAAGACUUUGACAGAGGAAUUGAGCUUGAGGCACCGACACACUGCCCACCCAGAGGAGAAACCGUGCAAAUGCCUGGAGUGCGGAAAGAGCUUUAGCCACAACGUGAGGCUUAUCGCUCAUCAGAGAACCCACACAGGGGAGAAACCGUUUCAGUGCCCUGAAUGUGGAAAGAGCUACGCUGAAAGAGGGACACUCAUGAUACACCAAAGGAUCCACACAGGGGAGAAACCUUAUAAAUGCGAGGAGUGUGGCAGGAGCUUCAAUCACCGGUCCAAUUUUACUUCACAUCGGAGAACUCACACAGGGGAGAAACCUUUUAAAUGCAUGGAGUGUGGGAAGAGCUUCAGCCAGAGCACAAGUCUUACCACCCACCAGAGAAUCCACACAGGGGAGAAACCAUUUAAGUGUACCGAGUGCAGGAAGAGCUUUAGCCGGAGGUCGAGGCUCACCUCUCACAAGAGAACUCACACUGGGGAAAAGCCGUUCCGAUGCCCAGAGUGUAGGCAGAGAUUCAGUCAGAAAGCCCAGCUUUAUUCCCAUCAGAGAAUCCACACGGGCGAGAAGCCGUACCACUGCCCCCAGUGCGGGAAAAACUUUGGUCACAGCACAAGCCUUAGCGCUCAUCAGAGAAUGCACACAGGGGAGAAGCCGUACGAAUGUCCACAGUGCGAGAAAAGCUUCACUUACAGGGGGAGCCUUAUUGCUCAUCAGAGAAGCCACUCCCCGGAGAAGCCAAAGGAGUGCCUGCAGCCUGGGAAGGGCCUCAAGGAGAGAUCAAGCGCUUCUUCACAUCAGAGAGGCCACACAGGAAAACUCUGGAUAUACGGUCCCUUGCUUACAAACCCAGCUGACGGUUCAGCGCCGGUUCCCUGUUCAUCUGGCAAGGAGACUGAUAUAAAUGGGAAAUUCUUUGUUUUAUUUAAAAGAUGAGCAGUUGGACUCUUGGGCAAAUGCUAUUCAACCCCAUCGCUUUCUUUCCUUUUGCGUUUGCGAGCUUCGAAAUUCCCCUCUUGCCGUCAUCCUGUGUCAUUAUCGUUGUCAAAUGUUUGGGGCAAGGCUGUGGCUAGGCAGUUUUUCAUUUGUAUCCUGCUUUAAGUAUAUUCUAGUGGUCAUGUUGCACAUUGAACCUCUCAGGUGGUGCUAAGGCCACCUUCAACAGUACAUUUUGAAGCACUUCGAACAGCCAUGGUUUCCCUGCAAAGAAUUCUGGGAGCUGCAGUUUGUCAUGGAUGAGAAGAAGAAGAAGAAGAAGAAGAAGAAGAAGAAUCCACCCAUCCAACUGGGUUGGCACAGCCUCUCUGGGCAGCACCCAACAAAAUUUUAAAAGGACCAUUAAAAAAUCAAAGAUUAAAAACUUUCCGAUAGAGGGCUGCCUUCAGAUGUCUUCUAAACAUCAGAUAGUUAUUUAUCUCCUUGACAUCUGAUGGGAGGGCAUUCCGCAGGGAGGGUGCCACUACCAAGAAGGCCCUCUGCCUGGUUCCCUGUAACCUCAAUUCUUGCAGGGAGGGAACUGCCAGAAGACCCUCGCAGCUGGACCUCUGUGUCUGAGCUGGACGAUGGGGAUGGAGACGCUCCUUCAGGUAUACUGGGCCGAGGCCAUUUCAGGCUUUAAAGGUCAGCACCAAUACUUUGAAUUGUGCUGGAAACGUACUGGGAGCCAAUGUAGGUCUUUCAGGACCAAUAUUAUAUGAUCUCGGCGGCCGCUCCCAGUCACCAGUCUACCUGCCGCAUUCUGGAUUAGUUGUAGUUUCUGGGUCACCUUCAAAGGUAGCCCCACGUAGAGCAUUGUUAGGUGAUGCCCCUGUUCCCCUAGCAGAGCUACAUUUCCCAGAGUUGCUAAAAAGGCUAUCCCUCUUGCCAGGGAACUCUAGGAUUUGUAGCUCUGUGAUACUCCCACAACUCUUUGGAGGAAGCCAUGACAGUUUUAAAGUGGUAUCACGGUGAUUUAAAUGCAUUGUGGCUUUAGUGUUGCUGGGGAAAGGCUGUUAUGUUGAAGGGAGCGGAAAGCAGUGCCCCCCCCAUGAAACAACUGGGAAUUUUUGGAAAGCUCUGCAGAUGGGGCGGGGUAUGCUUUUUGUGUGUGUGUGUUUUUUGUAACUUUAAUGUGUAAUAGCAGUUUUUAAUGUAAGACAAUCCAUUGCGCUGGAGAGUGAUUAUUUCUGUGCAUACUAUAGAGCUCAGUGCUUUCAAUCUCUUUCUGGAUUUCACAUCAUUUUAGAGCUUGAAUUUUACACAAUUGCAUUUGUUUAAAUAAAAGCAGAACUUGCUUUCAGGAC